AUGUCAGAUUAUACGCCUUUCCAGUUAGCUGCUUCCCUGUCAGGACAUGAGCAAGAUGUAAAAGCAGUGUGCAGCGCCGGCGAAGACGGAGUUAUCUCUGCUGCACGAGAUAAUUCGGUUCGCAUGUGGUUUAGGACUGCGUCAAACGCCUUUGGUAACUCUAAGAUAUUCCUGGGACAUUCGCGGUUUGUUAACUCGGUUGCUUAUAUUGGCCCAAGUGCAGAGUAUCCAUCUGGCCUAAUUGUUAGUGGAAGCAGUGAUAAAAUUAUACAUGUCUGGGAUGUCGAAAAUGCAGGCGAUCCGAUAUUUUCGUUGAUUGAUCAUGCCGACAAUGUUUGCGCUCUUGAUAUCACACCGUCCGGACACAUAGUCUCUGGAUCAUGGGAUAAAACAUCGAAGCUAUGGCGGAACCAACAACUUGUUUAUACUUUGAAGGGACACGAAGCCGCUGUAUGGGCAGUAUUAGCCAUAUCGGACCAAAUUAUAAUAACUGGUUCGGCGGAUAAAACGAUUGUCAGAUGGGACGAUGGAGUGCGUACAAAUACGUUUUACGGGCAUACCGAUUGUGUUAGAUCUCUUGCUGAAAUUAAAGGAAUGGGAUUUGUUUCUUGCAGUAAUGACGGUUCGUUGAGAAUCUGGAAUUUGGACGGUCAAUGUUUGCAGGAACUCUAUGGCCAUCAAUCAUUUGUCUACUCUGUAGACACUUUGCCUACAGGCGAAAUUAUAUCCAGUGGAGAAGAUAGAUCUGUAAAAGUAUGGAAGGAUGGUGAAUGCGUACAGACCAUUUCGCAUCCAGCAAUAUCUGUGUGGUGCACGGCAGCCAUGCCUAACGGAGAUAUUAUUAGUGGUGCUAGCGAUGGAAUAGUGCGCGUAUUCUCUCGUGUACCAGAAAGGAUAGCUGACGCAGAGAAAUUGAAGGAAUACAACGAGCUUCUCGCGAGUCAAGCCAUUCCGACUAAUCAGGUUGGAGAUUUGAAGAGAGAUAAUCUUCCUGGAAAAGAAGCUCUAUCAACGCCAGGAGAAAGGGAAGGUCAAGUCCUGAUGGUUAAAGACGGAAUUAAAGUGGAAGCGUAUCAG